AUGCAGAUUCCACUCCUCCGUUUACAAUGUGGCGUCAACAGCUACGACUGGGGCAAGGUCGGCCAGCAGUCUGCCGCCGCCAAAUACGCUGCGGCCACAGCAAGCUCGGACUUUUCCAUUGAAGCAGAGAAGCCUUAUGCAGAGCUGUGGAUGGGAACGCAUCCCUCAUUGCCUUCGAAGGACCUCGAGACGCAGCGCACGUUGCUCGAUUUGGUACAAGACAACCAGGCAUUGAUAGGAUCAGAGAUUACUCGGCGAUAUGGCAACAAACUUCCUUUUCUGUUUAAGGUCCUGUCGAUCAGAAAGGCUCUUAGUAUCCAAGCACACCCGAACAAGAAGCUUGCGGAACAACUGCAUGCCCGAGACCCAAGAAACUAUCCUGAUGACAAUCACAAACCGGAAAUGACGAUUGCCAUCACGCCCUUCGAAGGUCUUUGCGGCUUCCGACCUCUCUCCGAAAUCGUACAUUUCCUCGACAGAGUCAAACCAUUGCGUACGCUUGUCGGCCAGCAAGCCGCCGCACAGUUUGAGCAAAUCGUGAAAGGUUCCGAAGAUGCGGAAGACAUCGCCACCACAGAUCGAAACAAAGAUGCGUUGAAAGCAAUCUUCACCUCCCUCAUGGAGUCGUCCCAGGAGAAAAUCGAGGAAGCUACCAAAGAGCUCGUCGCAGAAGCAGAGAACUCACCUAACAGCUUUGCCUUCGAUCCAGCCUCGGAGACGAAUCCUAGUGGAGCGACUGAACUUGCUGAACUCGUCGUGCGUCUCAAUGGACAGUUCCCAAAUGAUAUUGGAUUGUUUGUUCUUUUCUUUUUGAAUUUCGUCAAGCUGUCGCCUGGGGAAGCGAUGUUCCUCAAAGCCGAUGACAUCCACGCGUACAUUUCCGGUGAUAUUAUCGAAUGCAUGGCCUCAUCCGACAACGUCGUCCGCGCCGGAUUCACACCGAAAUUCAAGGAUGUCUCAACACUAACAUCGAUGCUAACCUACUCCUACGCGCCGAUCGAAGAGCAAAAGAUGGAGGCUACGGAAUACCCCUACGCGACGCUCAACACAGUUGCCUACACCAGCGGCUCAUCGGCGUUGCUCUACGACCCGCCAAUUGAGGAAUUCGCGGUUGUCAAGACCGACCUCAAUCGCGUCGGGGCAAAGGCAACACUUGACCCUAUCCCCGGCCCCAGUAUCAUAAUCUGCACGCAAGGAAAAGGUAAAAUCAGCGUGGGGCCAGCGAAAACAGAGGAAGUGAAGGAGGGAUACGUCUUCUUCGUGGGCGCGGACGCUGAAUGCGUGCUUGAGAGUGAAGAUGAUGGGGUGUUUACAACAUUCAAGGCGUUUUGCGAGUUAACUGGGCGGGAAGAUUUGCCGAAUGGGCAUUGA